AUGUCCAACUCCCCAGCCAGUCAGUCGCCGGUCAGCCAGUCAACUUCACCCAAGUUCCAGAAACGAACUCAAUAUCUCUACCUUACUCGAAGUUCAAGUUGCCUCCCCGCUCUGCCAGACCACUACACUGGCAUAACUCCUAUUUCAUCGGAAAAGCACAUCCCAACUAUGUAG